AUGUUUGGUAGUGGUGGUGAUGAAGGUGGAGUUGGUGGUUGUGGUAGUGGUGGUGGUGGUGGUGGGGAUGGCGAUUGUAGAGGUGGUGGUGAUGGCGAUGGUGGUAGUAGCAACAUGGUGGUGGUUGUGGUAUUGGUUGUGGAGGUGGUAGUGGAUGUGGAGGUUUUGGAGGAGGUGGUGGUUGUGGUGGUGGUGGUAGUGCUAGUGGUGGCGGUGGCGGUGGCGGUGGUGGAGGAGGUGGUGGAGGUGAAGGAUGAGGUGGAGGAGGUGGUGGUGAAGGUGGUGGAGGAGGUGGUGGUUGUGGUGGUGGUGGCGGAGGAUGAGGAGGAGAAGGAUUUGGUGGUGGCGGUGGUGGUGGCGGUGGUUGUGGAGGUAAUGAAUGUGGUGGUGCAAGUGGUGGAGUUGGAUGUGGAAGUGGAGGUGAUGUCAUUUUUAAAAAUGAAUGAUGGUAUUUUGUGA